AUGGCUGGUCAAGGCGCUGGUCCUNCGCGGCGCAGUCACACCAAGAGCAGAACAGGAUGCAAGACAUGCAAGCGUAGACAUAUCAGAUGUGAUGAGACCUUUCCUCAAUGUCGUAAUUGCACAAAGCACCAAGUCCGCUGUGACUACAUGGACCAACAAAGACCUGAAGCAGAGAUACAGGCACCGCAAGACCAGUUACCCUUGCCCUCGUCCCCCGGCAUUGAGCACAUGCUCGAUGUCUGGCAACAGACGGGCAACUUCCCUUACCCAGAGCUCCAAGUGUUUCCCCCGCCCAGACCACAAAACCAUUCCAGGGUCGAGCUGCGGCUGAUCCAACAUCUCUCAUCCAUCUCGAGGUCACUACUCAUGAACAGCACCAGCGACAUGACAGUAUGGGCCUCGAAGGUCNCUAAAGUGCGUGUUACCCCUCUUCAUUGUGAUCAUCCACCCCUAAUUAGCCCGUUUAGGUAUCUCAGUGUAGCGACCUCGUAUUCGUACGUCAUGCACGCAUUCUUGGCGUUCUCUGCCAGCCAUCUGGCAUGGAUCUCUCCUNCUCCAGACACGCGCAAGAUCCAGAUCCAGCAUGGCGGUAUUGCUCUUCGCGGUCUUCACGAUGCCCUUAGCUCAUUCUCAAAGUCCAACGCAGAUGCGAUUCUUGCAACUUCUAUCCUUCUUAUGACCCAAGCAAACGACUGGCGCACGUGGUCCUCUCUCGAGAUAGGCAUCCGAACUGUUGCAAGUGCUAUGACCGGGUGGAAACACGAGUCGGCCUUUGCAGAUUUGAUCAACUUGAGCCCUUGCAAGCCUUCGGAUGAUCCGCAUUCACUUCCCAGCAUGCAAGAACGCCAUGCUAUCCUUGCGAGUGUCCUAGCCGCUCUUCAGCGCCUGCAACCUGUUCUAGUCGCCAACAGCCCCGAAGCCUACUGGAUCGAGCAGCUCCUAGGUUAUAUAUCAUAUCUCAUCAACACCCAGCCUGCGCAAACGGCUGCUGAGCAGUUUGACCAACUGUAUAGCCUCCGCAAAUGGGUCCUAUUUGUUCCUUGUCUACUUCUGGAGAAGCCAAUGGUUGAUGGUCCCUCAACACUUGUGGUCGCCCAUCUGUAUGCCACGGCGCUUGCUUUGGAACCUCUGUUCCCAUCCCUUGGCGCAUCGUUCUGCGCUGCGAUCAGCUUACCUCCGCUCGAAAGAAUUAUUCAAAUGACUGCCCCUAUGCAAACGGACAAUCACUUUGGCCAGCACGCACUGGAGAUCAGCUCUCUUAUGCAUUUCCCCCAGCAAGCAGUAUCUACUUAUCGCGCACGUUUGUCAUGGACGCAGCAACACUUGGAGCAAGUACAACUUCAACACACGCCUCAACAAUCCCCUUAUACCCCCGUCUUCAACUUGGAUGGUGCGAAUACGCCCUUUAUGAAUUUUGGAAACCUCAGCCCUGGUUUUGUUCCCUCGUCAAUCAGCCAUGUCCGUGAGGAAAACCGCAUGUCUCAGGGCUCAUUAGCAGGAUCACCUUACCUCGGGGUACCUACUCCUGCUCCAUCCUACGAGGGUGGCUUUUCCGACGGCACCGGUCACUGGGGCACCGCACAUUCACCUGCCUUCCCUCCGAACCAUUACGCAGGAGGCGAACAAGAGCAAGGAUACGAUUCAUAUGAUUUUGAGCAACUAGAAGCACCUCAUGGAGGCUUUCGAGGCGGGUUCGUAGUUCCCCCGACCAUCUGGGCAUGA